AUGGCGAACGCUAGCGAGCCGGGCGGCGGCGGCGGCGGCGGCGGCGGGGGCGAGGCGGCGGCGCUGGGCCUGAAGCUGGCCACGCUCAGCCUGCUGCUGUGCGUGAGCCUGGCGGGCAACGUGCUGUUCGCGCUGCUGAUCGUGCGGGAGCGCAGCCUGCACCGCGCGCCGUACUACCUGCUGCUCGACCUGUGCCUGGCCGACGGGCUGCGCGCGCUCGCCUGCCUCCCGGCCGUCAUGCUGGCGGCGAGGCGCGCGGCGGCCGCGGCGGGGGCGCCGCCGGGCGCGCUGGGCUGCAAGCUGCUGGCCUUCCUGGCCGCGCUCUUCUGCUUCCACGCCGCCUUCCUGCUGCUGGGCGUGGGCGUCACCCGCUACCUGGCCAUCGCGCACCACCGCUUCUACGCCGAGCGCCUGGCCGGCUGGCCGUGCGCCGCGAUGCUGGUGUGCGCCGCCUGGGCGCUGGCGCUGGCCGCGGCCUUCCCGCCCGUGCUGGACGGCGGCGGCGGCGGCGGCGGCGGCGGCGACGACGAGGACGCGCCCUGCGCCCUGGAGCAGCGGCCCGACGGCGCCCCGGGCGCGCUCGGCUUCCUGCUGCUGCUGGCCGUGGUGGUGGGCGCCACGCACCUGAUCUACCUCCGCCUGCUCUUCUUCAUCCACGACCGCCGCAAGAUGCGGCCCGCGCGCCUCGUGCCCGCCGUCAGCCACGACUGGACCUUCCACGGCCCCGGCGCCACCGGCCAGGCGGCCGCCAACUGGACGGCGGGCUUCGGCCGCGGCCCCACGCCGCCCGCGCUCGUGGGCAUCCGCCCCGCGGGGCCCGGCCGCGGCGCGCGCCGCCUCCUCGUGCUGGAGGAGUUCAAGACCGAGAAGAGGCUGUGCAAGAUGUUCUACGCCGUCACCCUGCUCUUCCUGCUGCUCUGGGGGCCCUACGUCGUGGCCAGCUACCUGCGGGUCUUGGUGCGGCCCGGCGCCGUCCCCCAGGCCUACCUGACGGCCUCCGUGUGGCUCACCUUCGCCCAGGCCGGCAUCAACCCUGUCGUGUGCUUCCUCUUCAACAGGGAGCUGCGGGACUGCUUCAGGGCCCAGUUCCCCUGCUGCCAGAGCCCGCAGACCACCCAGGCCACCCUCCCCUGCGAUUUGAAAGGCAUCGGCUUAUGAAAGGGGGUGUCCCCCCCUCCCUCCCUCCACCCGCCCACCCCGCCUUUCCCUUUUGGCUCGGACCGUGGUGUCGUUGCUCCCUCUCCUAGCCCCCCUAAUUAAUUUUCUAAGCUGCCUUCAAAAUGACUCUCCAAAGUGCAUAAGCACUUGGACUGUACAGACUACUUUUUUUUCGGGGGGGGGGGGUGGACUGGGGGGAGGGAUGGGUUUCAAUGUUCCAGCCCCACCCCAGCUCCGUGCAUUUGUCUUACUAAGUAUAUUUUCAUCCUGACAAUAGGCCUUGGAGUCUUUGUACUGGUACUGACAUCCUUUAUUCCAUGUGUUCCCCCCCUCCUUUUUUUCCUUUUCCUUUCUCUUCUUUUUUCUUUUCUUUUUCUUUCUUUCUCUUUCUUUCUUUCUUUCUUUCUUUCUUUCUUUCUUUCUUUCUCUUUCUUUCUUUCUUUCUUUCUUUCAUUCUUUUCUUUCUUUCCUUUUUUUUUUUUUUUUUUUAAAUAAAGGCUAAACUAAUUUUCUUCAUGCAACGUUUCCUAAAGACCAUGGCCAGUUUUCUACAGAAGCUAUUUUUGACAACCUCAAGUGGCAUUACAUUUUGCAGUGAAGUAGAGGAACCUAGGGGGGACUUCACGAGUUUGAUUUCUUGAGGGUCUUCUGUUGGAAAGCAGGAGGAAGGGGGGAGAUUGUCUUGAGUUCCCUCUGAGUUGCCAGCGGCCGUGGAGUCAGGUCUGGUACUUUGAAAGUGUUGAAAACUUUGUUCGGUAAUUGAUGAUGAAUUUAAAGAGCAGAAAUGGGAGUGUAAAGUAGCAAGGCAGUGUUUUUUAAGCGGUAACAGGAUUUGUUUCCUACCUUACUUUCUACUACUAUAAAAUACACAUCAACAACUGCUCUCUGUAUUAUACCAAUCUUGAGUGGAAACAUUUCUGUAAAAUUGUAACUUUUAAAAGAGUAAAAGUGUUUUGGUUAGUGAUGGUGUGGAGAAAAUACAGUAUUGCAUGUUUUUGUACUGAUUGUGGUUCACGGAAUGGGAAGGCUCUGAGAAGCAGAGUACUAAAUCAGAAUUGCUUAGGUAUUUUUUGCCAAUAAAACUUAAAAUACAUGUAUGGAAACAGCUUGUGCUUUGAGAAGCCCAGUUUUGUUGUCUUAAGAAACUAAUUUCCACUUUGAAAAGUGUUCUUUUGUUCAUGGUAUAAAUGAAUGGAAUAUAAUGAUACUCUACUUCUACAAGACAAAGCAUUUCCUUAAAAUGUUUGCUAGGUUAAGCUGUGCUGUUCAUCUGAUGGAUAUUUUAAAUUAAUAAUGACAACCAUAAUUUUAAAUAUUUGUUAGACACAUUGCAAUCUUAAAUGGAAAGACUAAAUUCUGCAAGUACUGUAUAAUAUUUUUUGCUUAUGAUGCUACAUUUUUAUUAAUGUACCUUCCGUUUUGAGGAUUUAUAUCUGUAUUUCUCUUUGCAUUAUACAAAUAUACCAGUAUUUUCAUUCUGGA